AUGGUCAAUAUGUGGAGAAAGUUAUUGCCGCAGACAAACACUGAACGUGGUGAUUUGAACACAAAGGGAACAACAAUAAUGGACCUACCGGAAGAUAUCAUCGUCGACAUACUCUUGAGACUGCCGGUAAAAUCCCUCUGCUGCAUACAAUGCGUGUCUAAGACCUCUUUUGACAUAGCUCGUACCCCCGAAUUUGCUACACUGUACUCCUUGCGCUUGCUCGACCCGGCUACCAACUCCCAUAUCUUCACAUUCCCUCAGCUUAUUCUCUACACCAAAUCGUUCAAUCAAGAAUAUGAGAGCUUAGUGACAUUGCAGUCAGUUGAGUACAUUAGCGGCAAGAACCGAUUGACAAAAACCAGACAGUCCGCUCGUGUCUCCAAGCUUUGUUUCAAAAACUGUUCAUACGCUUCAUACGGCCAAGUAGACUUUGUUUACUGCAAUUUGCUUUGCUUCUACAGAGGUUAUGAACUUCCCCGGCUCUUAGUUAAUCCUCUUCGGGGAGAAGUCUUAGAGUUACCAGGUGGUAACAUCGGAGGAUCAGUCAAUAGUUGGAGUGGAAUCGGUUUCGACCAUGUCACCAGCACAUACAAGAUUGUUACUAUUUUGCCACAGGCUAAUGGAAACAACCAUAUUAUAGCCCAAGUUCUUGUAUUCGGUACAAGCUCAUGGAGAAAAAUACUGUUGGUUUCUCCUUGUGAUGGAAUGAAAAUUAUUUUCGGUACAGAGAGUAAGAAUACAACAUAUACAAGUGGUCAUAUGCAUUGCUUGAUUUAUGGGAAUGAUGGAAUUCGACACAUUAUUUCAUUUGAUUUCAACAAAGAAGAACUUCACGAAAUUCCUUUGCCAAACGAUUCACUUCGGCUCUCAUAUUAUUCAAGUGACUUAACAUUGCUAAAUCUAAGGGGAUUCUUAGCCAUCGUGAAUUUUGGUUCAAGAAGAAGAAGAAAAGAUCAUAUUGAGAUAUGGGCGUUAAAAAGUUAUGAUAAGAAGAAAUGGGAGCUACUUCACCAAAUAGAAAUAAAUGAACUGAAUGUUGAUCCUGAUAUUAUUAACGUAAACUAUGCAUUUGCAAAUACUUGUGUUGAAUGGGAACACGGCAUUUGUUUUGCAAAGUCCGACGUAUGUUACUUUUGGGACCUGAGACAUCUUUCGGUGACAAUGGUAAAAUUUCCAACAUUCUCGUCAAGUAUGUUCAGCAAUAGUAGUUGGCAGAACAAAAGAACUAUAUAUAGGACUUCUAGCAUCUUUGGCUAUACUGAAAGCCUCAUUUCUCUUAAAAGUUAUGGUAUUGUGAUCGAAGAAACAAAAUCAAAGGAAGGCGAAUGUCAUAUUGAUUGA